UGGUGAAAAAAAGUUGAGAUGGAUAAAAGGAAAAGUUCCGUGAGUUGUGUUGAUCUAUGACGUAGACAUCCCACUUGCCAAGACGCUUCGACUAUCGAGCCUCCGCAUCUACUUCAAAAGGUUGACUCGAGACGGCAUCAUGAGUGGUGGAACGGGCAAUUCUCCUGUAAGCCUGUCCACAAUGUGGAUGCAAGGCCCCGGCUGCGGCGCCGAUCGGCAGAGACUGAUGCAGAACACGCCUGCAGUUGAUGGUGAUGCACCCCACAAGAUAGGGACUCACAUAGACUUAGGCUUUCCACGCUUACACGCUUAGGGCGCCGUAUUGAACGGCGGCACCCUGCUGGCUAAACCUGCCCUGUGGCACCGCUAAAUACGUUUCCACGAGUCAGCGACUGCCGAAAGCGCCCAAAAACGACGAUCCCAAGGGAAUAAUCGAUGCGCGCAAAGAAGGACUAAUCCCGAGGACGAAAUUGGACCCGGCAGGCAAGCAAACCUCGUCCUGAGAAGGUAUUAACAAUAAUAUAUCCGAGAGCAUUCAUCCGGCAUAGCCUCUCAACGCUCAAUUUGGCGGGCGCAUCCGCCUUGCGGCACGCCUACCUGCUCUAGUCUACUGAGUCGCCAGACCCAGUGUUGAAUCCUCUUUAUAGAAUUCUGCAGAAUCUUAUCAAGCAACCUAAUAACAGAAGCAGAUUUUGGCGAGUAAUUCAGGUUCCGUGGAGUAUACUAGAAUCAAGGCAAAAAUUCCCACGUGCUAAAGCUCCGGAGAUUAACGAUAAUGGUUGUGGGUAGAAAGAUCUCGAUGAACCGACCCAAAGACAAGGAGGACUGGGACACAUCGCAAUGUAACAUUCUGCACUGUAUUAUCCACAGCUUGUAGUCUCUUUUCUCUAUUACUGGGGAUGGGUGAACAUACUUUUCGAACAAUUUUGUAUUGCAUUUCGAAAUCAAAAGGGACGAGACGAUGAAGGACGAUGAAUUGCUGCGGCGCGUUUGCAGGGUCGAGAAUGCUGCAGUCGUUUGCUGGUUGUGCGGCAGCACUCGUGACCGAGUGGUCACCCCCUCUCCCACCCGCAAACACCAACCUUCUGGUGACGACAGCUUCUACAAAGCGCCAUGCGAUGCAAAAAAGCGAAGCAACAACGCAAAACAAUCACGUCGAAGAAGACUCUGUAUAUUGUCAAGGACAAGUCGCGUAUCCAAGGCCUGCGGGCACCAAAAUAUAUCCUUGCGCAGGUAUUCGCUGAGGAAAAGCAGACAAGAAGUCAGAGACAGGCGCAGGUUCGACGCAAAGAUGGCACCGCUACAGACAGCUUUCUCAAGGCCAUUCAGGCGCAAUUUCCGAAGAUCCCGGCUCCUGAGGCAGAAAUAGUAGCCAGCAAAGCGACAAAGAAACGUAGCGGACGCGUUGGGAGAACAGGCACGCUUGAUAUGGACACAAAAGUUCGCCUAGCAGUUGCUGCUCACAUACGACACUGCCACACCGGCUAUGAUGUGAUGAUGGAGCGUGGAGACACGCGGGAAGAAUCUAGAGCAGCAGUGCAGCAGACCAUUUUGGAUAAGCUGAACGAAUGGCGAGGGAAGGCGAAUUUUACAGCACAGAAAGAUCAAAGGAACAGAACUUCACGCCUGUCAAAAAGUACUGGACGGACAACGACGACACGAAUAAAGACUCGAGCAGCUGGGUACCAGGACAGGCAACCAUCACCAGAAGUCAUUUCCUUGCUAAGCAGCGAUGAAUCCGAAGCCAAAAGCCCGGAACGAUUGGACUUGGAUACUCUAUCAGACUUUUUCGCCACGGAUGACGAAGACGAAGACGAAGUUGACGACGAAGGAACAGGAAGCGAUGUUAUGUUGGACUCACUCUGA